AUUUUCGAUGACCUUCGAUAUCCAAAAUGCGGUAUUUCAAAAUCGUUAUAGAUAAACUCGCAAUAAAAUAAUUUGUUAAAAGAUUCAGUGAUAGAAUAUUAUGAAUGUUAUUGGUAGGUUAGUACUUAUUGAAAGGUUAAUGUCAACAAUGGAUGCUAUCAAAACAACUAAAGCAAUUGUCAGAAAACGAAUGGAAGAAAAAUUGGCAUCACUAUCAUUACAAGAAAAACAAAAACAAUCUAAAAUCGUUAGAGAAAAGCUUUUCCAAUUAGACGCUUUCAAAAAUUCAAAAAACGUUUCAAUUUUUUUGAGUAUGAACUCGGAAAUAGACACCGAACCAAUAGUUAGAAAAAUUUUUGAUUCUAAUAAAAGAUGCUUCGUUCCCAGGUAUAAUAAAAAAAUUAUGGAAAUGGUGGAGCUGUAUUCCAUGGAAGAUUGGUCGACGUUACCUGUUACUAAAUGGAAUAUAAAGCAACCUUCAUUCGAAGAUGGAAGAAUUAAUGCUCUAGAUACAGGUUUGGACUUGAUCAUUUUACCGGGGGUGGCGUUUACCAGGGAAGGAGAUAGACUGGGACACGGUGGUGGAUAUUACGAUAAAUUUUUGGAUGUAAUUUGUAAAAAACAACCCAUACCACCAAUAUUAAUAGCUUUAGCUUUCGAGGAACAAGUUUUAGAUAGUUUACCUACUGAAAAAAAUGAUUAUAAGGUUGAUAAAGUUCUUUUUGUCGAUUGAAUGAUUUAUAUGAAUAAAUUAAUUUUUUUCGUA